AUGGAUAUCCUCCACACCCAGCUCGCCAACGUCCAAAAGCAUUUGGCGUUCGUCCAGACGGACGAGAUUGACUGGAAAUUCUUUGUCCAGGCAUGCUCAUGGACCGUGACUCUAUUCGAGUCUUAUCUUCUUCUGCGCCAAUAUCCUUUAUAUUCGAAAACCGCACCUCCACCGGCUCUGAAAGACUCCUUUGAACCCGGUCAAUUCGAAAAGUCGCAAGCUUAUGGAAAAGACAAGGCCAAAUUCGCGCUUUUCAGCGGAUUGUACAAGCAACUUGUCGACAGCCUUUUGCUCCAGUUUGGUUUCUAUGCAUGGGCGUGGAGAAUUAGCGGGGUCCUCUUGAGCGCGGUUGGAAAGGAAGGAUACCAGAUCCUUCAAUCCAUCGUCUUCGUCUUCACCCUCUACUUCCUCUCCACCCUCCCCACUCUUCCUUUGUCGGCCUACAGCACCUUUGUUCUCGAGGAAAAGCACGGUUUCAACAAGACCACCCCUUCCUUGUUCGUUACCGAUCUCUUCAAGUCGUACGCAAUCGCCGUCGUGUUGGGCGCUCCCUUCUUGGCCAUCUUUUUGAAGAUCUUCGAGUGGGCAGGCGACAGGUUUGUUCCGUGGUUGAUGGCGUUCAUGAUUACCUUCCAAUUGUCCAUGGUCAUCCUCUACCCCACCGUCAUCCAGCCCCUCUUCAACAAGCUUUCUCCUCUUUCGAACGCAGAUCUCAAGGCUCGCAUUGAGAACCUGGCCUCUAAAUUGGACUUCCCUUUGACUCACCUCUACGAGAUCGACGGCUCGAAGCGAAGCAGCCACUCCAACGCCUACUUCUUCGGUUUGCCCUGGAGCAAGCACAUCGUCAUCUUUGACACUCUUAUCGCCCAAUCCCCUCCCUCCGAGGUUGAAGCUGUCCUCGCGCACGAACUUGGCCACUGGUACUUCAUGCACCCCACCAAGAUGCUCUUCAUCUCCCAAUUCCACAUCUUCACCAUCCUCGCUCUCUUCCCCGCAUUCCUCCACGCCCCACCCCUCCUCACCGCCUUCGACUUCCCUAAAUCGGUCGCCUUUGCUAAACCCGGCCCGCCUACCAUCGUCGCCUUCUUGCUCUUCCAGAUGAUCCUUACUCCCAUCGAAGCCGUCGUUAGCAUCGCUAUGAACGCUGUGAGCAGGAGGUUCGAGUACGAGGCCGACCGCUUUGCCGUCGAGUUGGAGGAUAGGGUGAGGCAGAGGCUGUUGGCCAAGGAGGGUGCCGAUAAGGAGAAGGUGGAGAAGGAGGUGAGCGAGAUGAGUGAUAUGGGACCUCGCCUUGGACGUGCGCUUGUGAGCUUGCACGUGAAGAACUUGUCGACUGUUUGGGUCGAUUGGAUGUACUCGGCGUACCACCACUCCCAUCCAACUUUGACGGAGCGUUUGAAGGGGCUUGAGUUGUACGAAGCUGCUAAAUCCAAGAAGGCAAACUAA